GCGUGAAGAAGACGUCAUCACGGUUGUUGUCGACCUCAUUGUGGUGGACGACGUCAUCCGGGAAGCACACAUCCUUGGACAGCGAGGUGGCAGGGUCGGCGCGUGGACAACCAUUCGACCAUCAGCGUUAAGACGGGAUCAAUGAAGAAGACAUCAUCACGGUUGUUGUCGUCCUCACUGCGUGCGGAUAAGCAGAUAGCUUCCUGCGAGCUCUCAUGGCGUCCUCCGUCGCACCAUCCCCGUGGUCGUCACGUGUCGCGUUUCGGUCGUGUGUUCGCAUGUCGCCGAAGUCCGUUGCCCGCGGUGAAGGCGAUGUCUUAUGCACCCUGUUUGGCGAUGGGGAAUGUCGGUGAAGACGAGCGUUCGAAGGUGUCGACGGCGGGAAGGACAGCGGUUGCCGCAGCCAUUGCCGUUGUGCUGCUGCGCUGCCAGAUGGAAAGCACUGCGGGAAGAAUGAACGCGCAGCUUCGCGCAUGGACGAGGAAGGCGACACGGUCGGCGGCGGAAGGGCUGGACACCGCUGCCAUCUGCGACGCCGUCUUCCAGGUGUGCUGCGCCAUGGGUUCUGGCGUUCUGCCUAGAGCCACGCCCAGGUGGUGGAUGAAAAGGAGGACGGGGGGGACGUGGGAGGAUCUGUGCCCUGCCGACUACGCCACGGAAGACUACGUCCGCGAGAAGCUACGUAUGUCGCCACGUGUCUUCUGUGAGAUUGCGGAAAGAAACAAAAUGAUGACCAGGACAAGCAGCGGCAGCCUUCGGAAGACGUCGGCCAUGAACGGCACCGUCCACUUGGAGGCUAUACGAGUGGGAUCACAGCGACUCAGUAUUACGGAAGAUGUGGACCUGGAUGGCAUCGGAACAAUCGUUGAUAGUGGGUCGACGUUCACCUACUUGCCAACAAGGGAGUACACUUUCUUCGUGAGAGAGGUAAAGAAUCAAGUCAAGCUCACCCAAGUGGAAGGACCUGAUCCACGGUAUGAUGAUAUCUGCUUCAAAGGAGCAAGCCGCAAUGCCUCAGAGCUAGAGAGGGAUUUUCCGGAAGUAUACUUCGAGUUCGGUGGGAAUGCAGCUCUAAACCUGAAGCCGGAAAGCUACCUAUUCAAGGUAGAGGAGGAAAAACGUGGGCAUUCGAAGUGCGCAUCUCGGUUACGUAUAGGUGGGAAUAAGGGGAUGACGGAUAGGAAUUUUAGAGAAGCAGAAUUUGAUAGAUUAUGGCAGGACGUGGAGAACUUAUUGUAUGAUAGAGUGAUUCUUAUGAUCUACGUGGCACUAGAAUUUCGGGGAGAUAGUACGAAAGAAGAGUUGACGUGUGUGCUUGAGAGAUUUCUGGGAAGGUGUUAUAGUAUUGGGUGUUUGGUCAUCCGGGGAGAUCUUGGGAACUCUCCUAAGCUCCAUGCAUGGUUGCGAAUCUUUGGGUGGAAGAAGUAUCUCGUGAUUCCUCUUGUAGAUGGAGUUAAUGAUCUGCUCACAGUAGAGUCGGCAAUGAUAAAAAAGUUCUCACCAGCUUUGAAUACUCAGGGUAAAGGGAAGGAAGUGAAGUGGGCCAGACGGGAGAAAGGGAAGAGAGAGAGGGGUAAGAGGCAUUCAAACAGUUUGGGAGAAGGAAUGAUCAGGUUUAAUGAUCAAGCAUCACUCAUCGACUUGGUGAAAGAAUUAGGAGUGAGUGGGGGGAAUCAGCAGAUCUCUUCGUCAGGAGGCAGGGUGUGGAUUGAUAGGUGGAAAGUAGUACGGGGGAAGAUUGGGGAAACAACCAUAUGGGUCAAGGGAAAGGAAACUCAGAUCAAGCUGUGCAAAGAAGUGUUGGAAGAAGGAGGAUCUUUUGAAGUGGGAAAGAUUGUGAUCCUACCAUCCGGGAUUGAGCAUCGGAAACGAGUACUGAAAGAAGUUCUCGACCAACCAUGGAGAAUAAGAAGUUUAUAUAAGAAAGGAUCAAGAGAGUUGUUGGCAUUGUUCAGGACCGGGUCGUUAUUCACUGAAAAAAGGACGAGAGGUCGAAUCAAGACCAUCGUCGCUCGUGUGAUAAGGAACAAGUAUGGGAGUGAGGUAAGGAGGAGACCCUGUGUGAAGAUUCCCUUUUCACCGACAGUAAAGAUCAGGGCAGUCAUGGAAGUCGCAGCCGGGUUGAUUGUACAAGGGGGGAUGGAUCCUGAGAUUGCGAGGUUCGUGGACGGUAGGAUAAGGGUGGUAGAGAAGAAGAGACCUGCGGUAGGGAUGGUGAUCCACAAUCAGUGGGAAUGUGCUGAAGGGGAAGGGGUUGAAUGUACGUGCAGAGGGUUUGACCUUUCGAGGAGUGAGGGCCACGUCAAGGUGAGGAUCAACGAAGUUAAGGAUGUACCAGGAGAUUUGGAAGGUUGCUGUGUUGAUCAGAGGGGAAUUCAGACUGCGGCCAUGACGACGAAUGAGGUAAGAAGGGUUUUUCGGAAAUAUGCUGAUUUGGUGGCUGUACCCAUUGAUCGGAAUCCGGGUGCGACGUUACUGUUGUGUCUGGUGUUGUACCACCAGGCGUGCACUGAGACUUUCAACGGUAAUCCGAGCUUCCGAGUGGUUCAUAUGUCUGAAGGGCAGAUUCUCGCCAGGAUGAAAGAGGAGUACCUGCGAAAAGGGCUGAACAGAAUUGCGCGAUGGCAAACCGGGGGGAAGGUGGGGCAAGCCUAUGUUUUACCAAAAGAUAAGGAUUUAGGGAGGUGGAGGCCAAUCUCGCCGAGUACCUCUGAUCCGGCGAGAUUGGCAGCCGCGAGGGUGGGGAGAGCAAUCAGGUUUAUGCUUUUUGGUUUACGAAGGGCGGAGCACUUUGAUCUGAAGUCGCUGGACGAAGUGGGUAAGUGGUGUAAGGAAGUUCAAGGAGAAAUGAUGGCGAAAGGUGAUGGGGUGCUUGUGCGCAGUUACGAUAUUAAAGAUAUGUUCGCACGAUUAUCGCAUGAGAGUGUUAUGGAAGCAGUGGAAUGGGUUGUAAGGUAUCAUGAGAAGAAGGGAAUGAAAGGGGUGAAGGUGAGCACGAGAGGGAAAAUGUGUGCGAUGAUGAGAAAAGUACGGAGUGAGGACGGGUUUGUGAUUCUGUUGUUCGAGGAUAUCAAGAAAGAAGUGGAGUUUGAGCUUUCACAAUCAUUUGUCCGUUGUGCGGGUACUAUGCUGUCUCAAAGGUUUGGGAUUCUGAUGGGGAGGAACUCGAGUCCGGCUUUAGAAUGUUUGGUUUGUGCAAUGGCUGAGUCCGAGUUCAUCAGAAGAACACAAGGGACUGGGAAUGCGCAAGUAGAUAACGAGGACCAAGGCGAGGAGUUGGAGGAGGAGGAGGGGGAGAAGGACAAAGACGUGGAGGAGGAGCUGGAGGAAGAUGAAGACUUCGAGGAGAAGGACGAAGCCGAGGAGGAAGAGGGGGAGGAGGGCGAAGAGGAGGACUUCGAGGAGGACGAAGACAAAGCUGAUGACAUUGACGGGGAGCACGAGGAGAACGACCACCAACAUCCGGGAAGAAAAAAAAAAAAGGGUGCUACGUGGCACGGGCAGAAGGGGGGGGUGGGAGAUAACGAGGACCAACGCGAGGAGGAGUUGGAGGAGGAGGAGGGGGAGGAGGGGGAGAAGGACAAAGACGUGGAGGAGGAGCGGGAGGAAGAUGAAGACGUGGAAGAGAAGGACGAAGUUGAGGAGGAAGAAGGGGAUGAGGUCGAAGAGGAGGACUCUGAGGAGUACGAAGACAAAGCUGAUGACAUUGACGGGGAGCACGAGGAAAACGACCACCAACAUCCGGGGAAAAAAAAAAAAAAGGGUGCUACGUGGCACGGGGAGAAGGGGGGCGUGGGAGUACAUGACGAGGACCAAGGCGAGGAGGUAAACCAGGACGAGGAGGAGGAGGACGAAGACGUGGAGGAGGACGAAGACGAAGAAGACGUGGAGGAGGAGUGGGAGGACGAAGACGUUGAGGAGAAGGAUGAAGCCGAGGAGGAGAGGGGGAGGGGGGCGAAGAGGAGGAGGAGGGAGGACGAAGACGAAGCUUAUGACAUUGACGGGGAGCACGAGGAGAACGACGACCGAGAUCCAGAAAAGGAAAAAAAAAAGGCGCGCCUCGUGGCAAAGGCAGAAUUAAGGGGUGGGAGGUUAUACCAAGUACACGAUAAGGACAAAGAAGACGAGGAGGACAAGGAGAAAGAAGACGACGAGGAGGACAAGGACGAAGUAGACGUGGAGGAAGAUCGGGAGGAGGACGAAGACGUUGAGGAGGACGAGGAGAAAGAUGUGGAGGAGGAGCAGGAGGAGGACAAAGACGUGGAGGAGGAGGGGGAGGACGAGGAGGACGACGAAGAAGACGUGGAGGAGGAGGAGCGGGAGGAAGACGAAGCCCACGAUCAGAUUGAAGGAGCUUAUUGUCUUUCCUUUAUGGCACAUAGUGAUCGGGGAAUGCUGAUCGGUGGAAGUACCAUGGCUAACAUUUUGGUGGUUUAUGACCGUGCCAAUCAGAGGCUGGGAUUCCGACACCAACGGUGCUCACGGCUGCUCGCCGAGUUUUCGGGAAGAGGUGAGAAAGAAGGGGAGGAGGAAUCCGAUCCGCUCUCGGCUUUGUCAUCUCUUAACGAAUGGCAUGACAGUAAUCCAGGUGCAAAGUCGUCGGGCUCGGACGCAGAAUCUGGUGCACACGCUAAUGACAUGUCAAUGUCAUAUGACGAGCCACUCGAGGCCGACGACGGUUCUUUUGACCUCAGGUACAAGAAGGACCUUGAGCUUUCGUCCCCUUCUUCCUCGCACAAUCCUCCAUCCUGCAUGUUCGCUGACGGUUUGCGGUCCAAUGGCAGCAGCACUGGACUGACUACCAAAUCCUGCCAUUCGGCCAAUCGUUCCUCCUCUGGGAAUCGGACCGUUGGAAACGCCUCGUCCGCUGCGGUGCACCAUCCACCGGUACACGCAGUUUUCAAAAAACCUGGCGCUGGUGCAAAAAGUAUGAAAAUGCCGAUACAUGAGGAGACCCCGGACGGGACUGCCUCUUUGGCAGAGUCACAACCUCUUGUGCCCAACUCUUCAUCCAUGCGGUGGCGGCCUGGUCAUACUUGCCGAGUUUGCGGAAAACUGUCCGGAUUCUCUCGGAUGGCGGCACGCAUCUGCGAGUCGUUGCUCUUGCUUGUUACACCUCUCCUUGCAACCAGAUGGGUUCUGCUCUGAGUCUUCGAGUCAGCAAGUUAAAAUCCAGCAGAUCACAGCCAUAGAACUUUGAGUCGUUGUGGGCAUUAUAGCCAUAUCUAGAGUGGAAGUUACACCAAAUACGGCUCUAAAGAUAGC